AUGGCGUCUGCAAUUGGCAAGGAAGGGACUUUUCAAGCACCGCAGGAGCCACAGGCUCAACAGAAGCCAGGUGAAGCCACUAAGCUAGAGUCAAGUGGAACUUUCGUUGAGUACGUGGGUUCGGGUAAACUGAAGGACAAGAAAGUCCUUAUUACCGGUGGAGACUCCGGAAUUGGACGUUCAGUUGCUGCACUAAUGGCGAGAGAAGGGGCGGAUGUCACUAUCUCGUAUCUGCCUGAAGAGCAGGAAGACGCCGAGGAGACGAAGAAACUGGUCGAGGCCGAGAACAGAACAUGCCUUCUGUUUCCAGGGGAUUUGUCUAAUCGAGAGACAUGUCGUCAGGCUGUUGAGGAGCAUAUGAAAAAGUUCAAGAAACUGAAUGUUCUUGUCAAUAAUGCUUCGAAGCAGUAUAUGUGCAAGGAUCUGGCACAGAUUGAUCUUGACCAAGUUGAACAUGUAUUUCAAACCAACAUUAUCCAGAUGUUCGCCCUGUCAAAAUUCGCCUUACCGCAUCUAUCACGAGGAGAUUCAGGCACAAGUGGUAUGGUCGACUACGCAGCGACGAAAGGUGCUAUUGUUGGAUUUACAAGGUCACUGGCAAAGCAGCUGAUGCCAAAGGGUAUUCGGGUCAAUGCUGUAGCGCCUGGCCCCGUCUAUACGCCUAUCCAGGUGGACACAAGAGCGCCAGAAGAAAUGGAAGACUUUGGCGCUGGAUCUUCUAUUGGUCGCCCUGGCCAGCCAAGCGAAGUUGCAACCAGUUUCGUUUUCCUAGCGAGUUCGGACGCUUCUCUUUACUAUGGUCAGAUAUUGCACUGUUACCCCCUAGGUGACUAA